AUGUCCGCCAAGUCCAUCCUCGAGGCCGACGGCAAGGCCAUCCUCAACUACCACCUCACCCGCGCCCCCGUCAUCAAGCCCACUCCUCUCCCCAACCCCUCCAAGCACAACCCUCCCCCCAGGUUGUGCUCUCUGCACUUUGCUGAGGAUGCCGACGUCGAGGGUGUUCUGAACCAGGCUGAGGUCACCUACCCUUGGCUCCUCCAGUCCGGCGCCAAGUUCGUCGCGAAGCCCGAUCAAUUGAUCAAGCGCCGUGGCAAGAGCGGUCUCCUGGCCCUCAACAAGACCUGGCCCGAGGCCAAGGCCUGGAUCGCUGAGCGCGCCGGCAAGGAGCAGAAGGUCGAGCACACCACCGGUGUUCUGCGACAGUUCCUCGUCGAGCCCUUCGUUCCUCACCCCCAAGACACCGAGUACUACAUCAACAUCAUGUCCGUCAGAGAUGGCGACUGGAUUCUCUUCACCCACGAGGGUGGUGUUGAUGUCGGUGAUGUUGACGCCAAGGCUGAGAAGCUCUUGAUCCCCGUUGACCUCUCACAAUACCCUUCCAACGAGGAGAUCGCCUCUACCCUGUUGAAGAAGGUUCCCCAGGGUGUCCACAACGUCCUGAUCGACUUCAUCAGCCGCCUUUACGCCGUCUACGUUGACUGCCAGUUCACCUACCUCGAGAUCAACCCCCUCGUUGUCAUCCCUAACGAGGAUGCCACCUCCGCCUCCGUGCACUUCCUGGAUCUUGCUGCCAAGCUCGACCAGACCGCCGACUUCGAGUGCGGUGUCAAGUGGGCCAUUGCCCGCUCUCCCGCCGCUCUCGGCCUCACCAACGUUGCCUCUACCAACGGCGAGAAGGUCAACAUCGACGCCGGCCCGCCGAUGGAGUUCCCUGCUCCCUUCGGUCGUGAGCUGACCAAGGAGGAGGCUUACAUUGCCGACCUUGACGCCAAGACCGGUGCCUCCCUCAAGCUCACUGUCCUGAACGGCAACGGCCGCAUCUGGACUCUCGUCGCUGGUGGUGGUGCUUCCGUCGUCUACGCCGACGCCAUCGCUUCUGCUGGCUUCGCCGAUGAGCUCGCCAACUACGGUGAGUACUCUGGUGCUCCCACCGAGUCUCAGACCUACCACUACGCCCGCACCGUGCUCGACCUCAUGCUCCGCGCACCUGUGUCGGACAAGGGCAAGGUUCUCUUCAUCGGUGGUGGUAUUGCCAACUUCACCAACGUCGCCAGCACAUUCAAGGGUGUCAUCAGGGCGCUCCGCGACUACUCCAAGCAGCUCAACGAGCACAACGUCCAGAUCUGGGUCCGUCGUGCCGGCCCCAACUACCAGGAGGGUCUUAAGAACAUGAAGGCCGCGACACAGGAGCUCGGCCUGAACGCCAAGAUCUUCGGCCCCGAGAUGCACGUCUCCGGUAUCGUCCCUCUGGCUCUCGUCCCCGGCAAGUGGGAGGCGGCCGGAAUCCAGGAGUUCCAGGGUUAA